AUGGCGAACCAUCCUCCGGAUCCCGCGGCUACCGAGGCUCGGCUUCAAGGCCCAGGUGUCCUUAUUCGUACAAUGAAGAAAGGAACGGGAACAAAGUAUCCGAAGAAAGGCGACGUUUGUGUGAUUCACUACGAGGCAUGUUUAGAGGACGGUAGCAAGGUUGAUAGCUCGAGAGAUCGAGCUUUGCCACUUAAAUAUACGGUAGGCCAAAAGGAGAUUCUGUUGGGUUUGGAUGUGGCGGUCCAGAAAAUGACGGUGGGGGAAACCGCCGAAAUUACCAUCCCGAGCUUUUUCGCCUACGGUCACGCCGGCUGUCCACCCCGAAUUCCGGCCGAUGCCGUAUUGAUCUUUAGGGCCGAAUUGCUCAACAUCACAUGA